AAAAUAUACCAUUGUUAAUUUUAACUAAUAUCUCUUUACAUUUAAAAAGUCAUUUGUAGGUAGAUUAAUUUUAAAUAUUUGAAUAAAAUGAUCCGGACACAUUAAAGGCUUAGUACAUAGAUGCUUAGUAUUAUUCAAGUGGCCAACAGAUAAGAUAUAAAGAUAAAAGAUAUUUGGUUAAGAUAUAAGAGGUUAUGUUUAUUGUAUUCAUUUAAAUUUGUUAUUGCAAAAUGAAUUAUAUUUGCUACUGUUAAAUAUUGUUGUGUUGUAAAAAUGUCGGUUAUUAAAGAAGAAGAUGUACAGGAGCUAAAGUCUCGUAUGAAAUUAAUAUCAGAAGCAGACCCUUCACAAUACCAUAAUGAAUUUUCAAUAAGACGAUAUUUAAAGGCAUUUAAAACUACUGAUGCAGCCUUUCAGGGAAUUUUAAAGACAAAUAAAUGGAGAAAGGAAUACGGUGUAGACCAAUUAACAAAUGAAACCCCUACUGUUGUCAGCAACAUGAAAGCUAAUAAAGCCAGAGUGUUAAGACAUCGUGAUUUACAAGGAAGGCCCAUUAUUUAUAUUCCUGUAAAAUAUCACAGUUCUACAGACAGAGAUAUUGAUGAAUUGACAAAAUUUAUUGUUUUCUGCUUGGAAGAGGCAAGUAAAAAAUGUUUUGAAGAGGUUAUUGACAAUUUUUGCAUUAUAUUUGAUCUGAAAGACUUUAACCUGGGAUGCAUGGAUUACCAAGUUUUAAAAAACUUAAUAUGGUUAUUUAGUCGUCAUUAUCCUGAAAGAUUAGGAGUUUGUUUAAUUUUAAACUCUUCAGCUGUAUUUUCAGGGUGUUGGGCCAUCAUAAAAGGAUGGCUAGAUGAAAACACAGCAAAUAAAGUAAAAUUUAUUGGCUCUGAAAUGGAACUGUGCAGUUACCUAAUACCCGAUGUUCUUCCAGUCGAUAUCUAACAAGUGAACCAAAAAUGUUUAUUGAUAAUCUUCUUCCUAUACUUGUCUUUUUAACAUUUUAAGGAAAAUAUGUAAAUAUGUAAUGACAAGAAAAUUAGAAUAUUAUGUAUGUUAAAAAUGUGCUCUCUUACUCUUAACGAAAGAUAUUUGCCUUUUAAACAGUAUCUUAAACUCCUAAUUUUACGUUUUUGUUUACAGAAGUAUAUAUACAUUUCAUGUUCAUGCAGACAAAUUUACUCUUGAAAUUAUAAAAAGAAUAUUCCGUUAUAUUCUCUCCUUCCUGUUAAUUAUUAGAGCACAUUUCUCAUCCAUAUAUUAUGAAUAAGUUCAUUUACUUAUUUCCAAUAUAUAAUAUUCACAAAAAAGUA